UCGCCUUCGGGCUUUACCUACAGCUGCCGCCGCCGCCGCCGCCGAGCUGGCCUGGGAUGCCAAGAUGGCGGCGGCGGUGGUAUCGGUCUUUCCGGGUGUGCGGCUCCUGACUAUCGGCGAUGCCAACGGGGAAAUCCAACGGCACCAAGAGCAGCAAGCGCUGCGUCUCGAGGCUCGUACCGGGUCUGACGCCGCUUGCCUCGCUUUGUAUAGCCAAGAUGAUGUUUGUGUAUUCAAGUGUUCUAUAUCAAAGGAGACAGAAUGCAGCCGAGUGGGAAAACAGUCCUUUAUUAUCACAUUGGGAUGCAAUAGUGUCCUUAUACAAUUUGCAACGCCAAGUGACUUCUGCUCGUUUUAUAAUAUUUUGAAAAAUUGCCGAGGGCACAACAUGGAGCAGUCAGUGUUCAGUGAGCGCACAGAGGAAUCAUCUGCUGUGCAGUACUUCCAGUUUUAUGGAUAUUUAUCCCAACAGCAAAAUAUGAUGCAGGAUUAUGUCCGAACAGGCACAUAUCAGAGAGCAAUCCUGCAAAACCACAGUGAUUUCAAAGAUAAGAUUGUAUUAGAUGUCGGCUGUGGUUCUGGAAUUCUGUCAUUUUUUGCAGCCCAAGCUGGAGCAAGAAAAAUUUAUGCAGUGGAAGCAAGCACGAUGGCUCAACAUGCAGAGGUUUUAGUGAAGAGUAAUAAUCUUACUGAUCGAAUUGUGGUCAUUCCUGGGAAGGUAGAGGAAAUCUCGCUUCCAGAACAGGUGGACAUUAUUAUUUCUGAGCCAAUGGGCUAUAUGCUUUUCAAUGAACGAAUGCUGGAGAGUUAUCUACAUGCCAAGAAGUAUUUAAAACCUAGUGGAAAUAUGUUUCCAACUAUUGGCGAUGUCCAUCUAGCCCCAUUUACAGAUGAACAGCUAUACAUGGAACAGUUCACAAAAGCUAACUUUUGGUAUCAGCCAUCUUUUCAUGGAGUAGAUUUAUCAGCACUCCGAGGUGCAGCAGUAGAUGAAUAUUUCAGACAGCCUGUUGUGGAUACCUUUGAUAUUAGGAUUCUAAUGGCCAAAUCUGUUAAAUACACCGUAAACUUCUUAGAUGCCAAAGAAGCAGAUUUGCACAGGAUAGAAAUUCCAUUCAAAUUCCACAUGCUGCAUUCAGGAUUAAUCCAUGGGUUGGCUUUCUGGUUUGAUGUAGCCUUCAUUGGUUCAGUAAUGACUGUUUGGCUUUCAACUGCUCCCACAGAACCUCUUACCCACUGGUAUCAAGUUCGGUGCCUGUUUCAGUCUCCGCUUUUUGCUAAGGCUGGUGACACCCUCUCAGGGACAUGCCUGCUCAUUGCCAACAAGAGACAGAGUUAUGACAUAAGUAUUGUUGCUCAAGUGGAUCAAACAGGCUCUAAAUCCAGCAACCUUCUUGACCUGAAAAAUCCCUUUUUUAGGCCUUCAAGUACUGGAAGACUUCUAUCAAGAGCUAGUUUGAUCUACUGGUUAAGGCACCAGACUGGAAAGCAAGAGAUUGAUUCUAGUCCCACCUUAGCCAUGAAAGCUAGCUGGGUGACUUUUGUCUAGUCACACUCUUAAUCCAACUCAUCUCACAGGGUUGUUAUUGUGGAGAAAAUAGGAGGAAUAAUAUGUGUUGGAUAUAUUCACUGCCUUGAGUUAUUUGUACAUAUAAUAAAGAUGGGCUACAAAUAAAUAAAUUACGUCACCCACUAGUCCUUCUGUUUGUUAAAUUAGACGUAAUAUAGUUCUCUCAAGUAUUCAUUAUACAGUUUAGCCUCUAGUUGUCCUAUAAUAAUCUUUGUUGUUCUUUUCUGUAUUCUUUCAAGUGUCUCAGCAUCUUUUUUCUGUAUCAUGGUGACCAGAACUGGAUGCAAUAUUCCAAAUGUGGUCUCACCAGUGCAAUUUAAAGGGGUAUUAUCACUUCACAUGAUAUUGAUAUUAUCCCUCUGUAGAUGGAUAAUCUAAGACCUCAUUUUGGUUUGAUUUUUUUGGGCAAUUGCAGCACACUGUUGGCUCAUACUUAAGUGAUGGCCCACUAGGACACCUAGUUUCCUUUCACAUUACUAUUGUUGAGCCAGGUACUAUCUAUUCUAUAUCUGUGCAUUUAGUUUUUCUUGCCUAAGAAUCUAGAAAGAAAAACAGGAAAUCCAGCAUAAUUUCUCAAGGGCCUCACUGAUAAACUGAAAGACAAAAAUAAUAAAUAUAAAAAAUGGAAAGAGGAACACGUAAGUAAGGCAGAAUAUCAACAAAUAGCCUAAAUUUGCAAAGACGAAGUCAGGAAAGCAAAGGCUCAGAAUGAAUAAAGACUUGCAACGAAAGUCAAAGUUAAUAAAAAUAAUUUCUUUCAACAUAUAAAUAACAAGAAAAAAGUCUAGUAAACAGUUGGCGAAGAGAACUGUUCGCCAACUGAGAAAGAGAAGAUGGCAAGGCAGUAGGCAGUAGAGAGAAAGCAGUGCUGCUUAGCCCAAAACAUAACUGUAAAAGAGAGAUUAGGAAUACAAAUUAAAAUAGGCAAGAAAAUACAAUACUUGACAACACAGUAUCAACAGUAGAAACCUUCAAAUUUCUGGGUUCUAUCAUAUCGCAAGAUCUCAAAUGGACAGCUAACAUCAAAAACAUCAUUAAAAAAGGACAACAAAGAAUGUUCUUUCUGCGCCAACUCGGUAAGCUCAAACUGCCCAAGGAGCUGCUGAUCCAAUUCUACAGAGGAAUUAUUGAGUCUGUCAUUUGCACCUCUAUAACUGUCUGGUUCGGUUCUGCAACCCAACAAGAAAAACACAGACUUCAGAGGAUAAUUAGAACUGCAGAAAAAAUAAUUGCUACCAACCUGCCUUCCAUUGAGGACCUGUAUACUGCACGAAUCAAGAAGAGGGCCGUGAAAAUAUUUGCAGAUCCCUUGCAUCCUGGACAUAAACUGUUUCAACUCCUACCCUCAAAACGACGCUAUAGAGCACUGCACACCAGAACAACUAGACACAAGAACAGUUUUUUCCCGAAGGCCAUCACUCUGCUAAACAAAUAAUUCCCUCAACACUGUCAGACUAUUUACUGAAUCUGCACUACUAUUAAUCGUUUCAUAGUUCCCAUCACCAAUCUCUUUCCACUUAUAACUGUAUGACUAUAACUUGUUGCUGGCAAUCCUUAUGAUUUAUAUUGAUAUAUUGACCAUCAAUUGUGUUGUAAAUGUUGUACCUUGAUGAACGUAUCUUUUCUUUUAUGUACACUGAGAGCAUAUGCACCAAGACAAAUUCCUUGUGUGUCCAAUCACACUUGGCCAAUAAAUUCUAUUCUUCUUGUAAAUGGUAAGAGAACACCUGUCCGCUCUAGAAGAGUUCAAAUCUCGGAGACCUGACAGAUUACAUCCUAGAGUUCUAAAGAAGCUGGCAGGCGUGAUCUCAGAACCAUUGAACCAUAUCUUUCAAAGAUCCUGGAGAACUGGGGAACUACCAGAAGACUGGAAAAGAGCUGAUGUAAUUCCCAUCUUCAAAAAAUAUAAAAAAACAUUCAGGAAAUUAUAGGUCCAUCGGCCUGACAUCAGUACCUGGGAAGAUCCAGGAAAAGAUAAGCAACAGAUAGAUCUGUGAACACAUCUUAUUUCCUACAAGCAAAGUUACAACCAACAGGAGUUUGUCAGACUCAUGCCAAACAAAACUAUGUCAUUUUUUGACAAAGUGGCUUAGUGGAUCAGCAAAAUGCAGUGGACAUAGUAUACUUGGAUUUCAGUAAGGCAUUUAACAAAGUAGAACCCAACCUACUACUUGGUAAGCUAGAAAAAUGUGGGAUAGACGGCAUCACCAUUAUAUGGAUUUUUAACUGGCUAACAAAUACCCUUCUAUAUGUAGCCUUUAAUGGAAUUACACCUACAUGGAGAAAAGUAAGCAGUGGGGUACCACAAGAUUCCCUUUUAGAUGCCGUAUUCUUCAAUAUUUUCAUAAAUGAUUUAGAUGAGAGAUUAGAAGGGGAACUUGUCAAAUUUGUAGACAACACUAAGCUAGAAAGAACAGCGAACACCCCAGAUGAUAGGCUCAAGAUCCAAAUGGAUCUUGACAGACAACACAGCCCUAUCCAACAAAUUCAGUGUUGAGAAAAGUAAGGUUCUUUACAUUUAGACAAGAAAAACCAGUUAUACAGGUACAGAUUAAGUGAAACCUGGCUCAAGAACAGUACUUUGGAGAGGGAUCUUGGAAUCUUAAUAGAUAAUUAUUUAAAUAUGAGCCAGCAGUGUGCUGCAGCAGCAACCAAAAAAACUCAAUGCACUACUAAGUUGCAUUAAUAGAAGGACAGAAUCAGAAUAGAGCUGGAAGAGACCUUGAAGGUCCUCUAGUCCAGCCCCCUGCUCAAGCAGGGAAUCCUAUACCAUUUCAGACAAGUGACUGUCCAGUCUCUUCUUAAAAACCUCCAGUGAUGAAACACCCACAACAUCUGAAAGCAAGCUGUUCCACUGGUUAAUUGUCCUCACUGUUAGGAAGUUUCGCCUUAAUUCCAGGUUGCUUUUCUCUUUGAUUAGUUUUCAUCCAUUCUUUCUUGUCCUGCCCCCUAGUGCUUUGAAAAACAAAUUGAUCCGCUCCUCUUUGUUGUAGUCUCUCAAAUACUGGAAUACUGCUAUCAUGUCUCCCCAGUCCUUCUUUUCUCUAGACUAGCCAAACCCAAAUCCUGCAAUAAUUCUUCAUAUGUUUUAGUCUCCAGGCCUUUAAUCAUCUUAGUUGCUCAUAUUUGUACUUUUUCCAGAGUUUCAACAUUUUUUUUGUAAUGUGACCAAAACUGGAUGUAAUAUUCCAGGUGUGGUCUUACUAAGGUUUUAUAAAGUGGUACUUCACGUGAUUUUGAUUUUAUACCUCUAUUUAUACAAUCAAGAAUUGUAUUAGGGUUUUUGGCUGCUGCCGCUUGCUGCUGACUCAGGUUUAAGUGAUCGUCCACUAGGACUUCAAGGUCCCUCUCAGUUACUGUUUUUGACUCAAGUUUUGCCUAAUCUGAACUUGUGUAAUGUGUUGCCUCACCAAUCUUCCCAAGAAAGCAGGACUCUUAAAACUGAAGUUGUUCCAAAAAGAACUAGGCGCCAGUCCAUCCCUGGUGUCACAAUAAAAGCAGUGGUUUUGGAGUGAUUUGCCAUCGUUAGUUCGAGUGGUUCAGUGGCAAACUUGGCCGGGGCGCCCCCUGCAAUGGAGCCAUCAAGUUGGCAAAAUGAGACUGGGGUUUUUAGUGGCCUUAGUUGAAUGCCCAGUUCCCUGACCAGCGACCGGCUUAUUAGACUUCUCGUGCACCCCAAAUCUAGCAAUGCUUUAAGUCUCACUUUUUUCCCUGUGGGCAUGGCUUGGUGGUCAUAUGAGUGGGUGGGUGUGGCUUGGUCAUGUGACCAGGAAAACCAACUAUCAUACUUUACACAAAAAUAACACAAAAUCUACACAACUGACUCACAAUGCAAAAGCAGGUGGACUUCACACAAAAUGGCCCCUGCAACAAGCAGGAAUCUCACAGAGUCAUAGAGAGCUCAAAAACAAACUAUCACACUUUACACAAUAAUACCGGUUCAGGCAAUAGGUAGUAAAAAAAUAAGUUCCAACGAUUGCAUGGCACAGCUUAUUGUCACAGCUGAUUGUCAGAACCUUUUUUUUUUUACUUUUUUAAAGCAUUUUUUUUACUAUAGUUGCUGCCUAAUGUAAGGUCUUGCCUCUCCAAUCUUCUUAAGAAAGCAGGACUCUUGAAACUGAAGUUGUUCCAAAAGGAGCUUUUAUUGAAAGGAUUGUGAUAGCAAGAGGUCUAGGCAGGAACUAAAUUUCCCUACCUAAAAACAGCAAUUUAAAGUAGUGCAAACAAAGCCCCUCCCACUAUAUAGCAAUGCAGAAAACAGAAACUCACAGCACAGCAAUGCAGGAAACAGAACCUUAAUAUAGAGAUCUCUCCAAGCAGUAAAUAGAAACAGAAACUUCAUAGAGAUCCCUCCAAUCAUCCCCCCUCCCACCAGAAUGCCAGUGUCCCAAUAGAAAUACAUGGGACCUGACAAUUUAUACCUUUGGUUUUUCUUGCCCAGGUGUAAAACCUUGCUUUCUUCCACAUUAAAUUUCAUUUUAUUGGAUAGGGCUAGUGGUGAAAUCUGAACUGGUUUACUACCAGUUUGGUGGCUGUGCAUGUGCACUGUACACCACACGCCAAAUGCAAGGUGCGCACAUGCAGUGCACGCCAAAAGGAAGCAUGGGAAGGAAGGUAAGUAGAACAGCGUGCAAGGGGGGUGAUCAGUUGGAGUGCGAUCGUCGGAGCCUCUUUUUUAAACUUUUUUUAAAGCAUUUUUUAAAUGCUUUAAAAAAGUAAAAAAA